AUGGCGCCUUCUCAUAAGCGCAAGCAGAUCGACGACGACUUUGUCCACACAAUCUCCGACAAUGACGAGGAAAUUGUCGAGGAGGAGACCGUGGCACCGCCUCCCAAGAAGAAGGUGAAGGCCACCAAAAAGUCGAAAAAGGCCGCCGCCAGAGAAGAGUCACCAGAAAACGAAGUCGCCGAGGGUAUCUGGGGCCAGAAAGACGAAGACGAUGGUGCUAUGGACUCGGACUUCGAAUUUGCGCAAGACAAUGCCAUCGAAUUCGGCGACGCAGAACUCGAGGGUUGGGGGUUCGAAGGCGCAAAGAAGUCUAUGAACAGCAAUGCCGCUGCGGGCGUUGAUCUGGAUGAGAUCAUUCGCAGAAGACGGGCCAAGAAGGGUGGCGAGGAUAAGCCGAAGGAGGAUAAAGAGGAGGAUGCGGCAGAUGCCGAGGUGGACAACGACAUGGACGUGGACAUCGACCUCGACGACGACGAAGAUGGAGUCUUGGCCGAUGAUGCCUUUGGCAUGGGCGUGGACUCUGGUGCUGAGGAUUCUGAUGCCGAAAACAACGAGGGAUCCGAUGCGGACGACGCGGAGGCCGAAGACGAUGACGACGCAGCAGCAUCCGACAACGAUUCCGUUGCGACACCCGUAGACCACCCCGACGACCGUGGUUCAGACGACGAAGAGGAGGAAGACGCAGAGGAGCAAGCGAAGCGUGACGCUUUCUUCGCUCCCGAGGAGCCCGCAAAGCCCGGCAAGAAGGAUACGGCAUCAUCAUUCCAGGCCAUGUCUCUUUCGCGUCCCCUUCUGAGAGGUCUGGCCGCUGUCGGCUUCUCCAAGCCUACGCCCAUUCAAGCCAAGACUGUGCCUAUUGCAUUGAUGGGCAAGGACGUUGUCGGUGGUGCAGUCACUGGUUCAGGAAAGACGGCAGCCUUUGUGGUCCCCAUUCUCGAACGUCUCCUGUACAGGCCCAAGAAGGUGCCUACGAGCCGCGUGGUCAUCCUCACCCCUACCCGUGAACUGGCCAUCCAGUGUCACGCUGUCGCCACUAAGCUUGCCGCAUUCACAGACAUCAAGUUCACUCUCGCCGUCGGUGGUCUGAGUCUCAAGGCUCAGGAAGUCGAGCUGAGGCUGAGGCCAGAUGUCAUCAUCGCCACACCCGGUCGUUUCAUCGACCACAUGAGGAACUCUGCCAGCUUCAACGUCGAUACCGUGGAAAUUCUCGUGCUCGACGAAGCUGAUCGUAUGCUUGAGGAUGGUUUCGCCGACGAAUUGAACGAGAUCUUGACGACCCUGCCUAAGUCAAGACAGACGAUGCUGUUCUCCGCCACCAUGACAUCUUCCGUCGACAGACUGGUGCGCGUGGGCAUGAACAAGCCCGCCAGAGUCAUGGUGGACUCGCAAAAGAACAAGACCGUCACCACUUUGGUGCAGGAGUUUGUGCGCCUGAGACCCGGUCGCGAGGAGAAGCGCAUGGGCUACCUUGUGCACAUCUGCAAGACGAUGCACACCGAGCGUGUCAUCAUUUUCUUCCGUCAGAAGAAGGACGCCCAUCGAGCAAGAAUCAUCUUUGGGCUGUUUGGCUUGUCUUGCGCAGAGCUUCACGGUAGCAUGAACCAGGCUCAGAGAAUUGCCAGUGUCGAAAACUUCCGUGAUGGCAAGGUCAACUACCUCUUGGCGACGGAUCUUGCGUCCCGUGGUCUCGAUAUCAAGGGCGUCGACACAGUCAUCAACUACGAAGCACCCCAAAACAUUGAGAUUUACGUGCACAGAGUCGGUCGUACGGCCCGUGCCGGCCGCACCGGUGUGGCCAUCACGCUGGCGGCGGAGCCGGACCGCAAGGUCGUUAAGGCGGCGGUCAAGGCUGGCAAGGCCAACGGCGCCAAGAUCAUGAGCCGCGUCGUCGAGCCGACGGAGGCGGACAAGUGGCAGGACCAGGUGGACGAGAUGGAGGACGAAAUCGAAGAGAUCAUGGUGGAGGAGAAGCAGGAGAAGCAGUUCCAGCAGGCCGAGAUGCAGCUCAAGAAGGGUGAGAACAUUAUGCAGCACGAGGCCGAGAUCAAGGCGCGGCCGAAGCGGACGUGGUUCGAGACGGAGGAGGACAAGAAGAAGGCCAAGAUUGCGGGGCGGGAGGAGCUCAACGGGCCCAAGAACGGCAAGAAGCCGAAGCUGAGCAACAAGGACAAGAAGAAGCUCGACGCCAAGUCGAUGAGGAGCGAGGACAAGGUGUGGAAGAAGGGCAGGGCGGAGCGCGAUGGGAAGGGCGCGGUGCUGAACCUGAAGAAGCAGCCCAAGAAGAAGAAUGUGCCGGCCAAGGGGAGGACCAGAGCGAAGCUGGCGCGCCAGAAGCGGUGA